AUGGCGGACUAUCACGACGCCGGUGGGCUAAUUCUCGACGGCCCCUUUGAUCCCGACGCCCAGGCCACCGUCACCGACUACAUUGACUACACUGAAUACCUCCCCGCUGACCUUAUUCGCUCCCUCAUUCUCAUUCGCGGCCUCGACGAACGCUACUUGGAAGCUACACAGGGCGUCCAUGAUCUCACCAAGGCUUAUGGCCAGCUGCCCACCCUCCCCUCGGACGUGCGUCCCGACGCGCGUGCUCUGCGCAAAGAUAUCUCCGAACAACUUGAUCGCGCCAUCAACGCCCGUGAAUCGGCAUAUGCGGAGGCUUGCCGUCUAUACGAUGUCAUUGAUCGCCACUUCAAUCGGCUAGACAGCAUCAAACAAAAGCUCGAAGCUCUCCCCAAGCCCGCGUCGCGCGAACCCACUCCUCCUCCCGCGCCGCCCGUCACAUCAACCAAAAGAAGCCGCUCGACCAAGAAAACAGAGGAAGUUUCUGGCCCGCCCACCACGACGCGCAUCACGUUGCGCCUGGAUGGCCACGAUACUGCUCGCGCGACAACUGUGCAGAAGUCGCGCACACGUCGAUCUCUCAUCUCUGCCGAGCAUCUGGCCGAUUUGCACCCCGAUUCGCCUAUUGCCAGCACAGAGCAUUCUGAUGUGGAGCCGGAUAGCAAAGUAACACCCUCAGAGUCACCUCCGGAGCCGGCAGCAGCGCCCGCCAAGAAGGAGAAGGGCCGUCGGCGAUCGCGGACUUCUGGAUUGGCUUCGACCGGUGCUCAAGGCCCUUCUGCUCCAGCAAUAUCGACUAGCAAUGCGUUAGCGAUGCUUAAGCCACCUCCUGACGACGCCAAACCUGGAAGUGAGGACAUGCCAUGGUUACGUUUGACUGAGUGGGAAAUGACAAAACUGCGGAAGAAGAUGAAGAAGAAUGCCGUUUGGCAGCCCAGCGAGGUCAUGAUUCAUCGCGAGCUGGCCUUGCGCGGCCGUGGCUGGGAGGCUUACCGGGCAGCGAAAGCGCAGGCCGAGGCCACUGGUGCUGAAUUCUUGGACUGUGACGACAUAAUGAACACGUACGUUCCGGGCAAGCUGACCAAACGCAGCGAGGCUACCGGCGAUACCGAGGGCACGUUCGAGACCAAGCUUAGCAACCGUGGUAUGAAGCUGAACGAGGCCAAGAAGCUUAAACGGGAGAACCAGGCCCGAGAGCAGGCGGCAGCCGCAGCCGCAGCCGCCGCCGCCGCUGCAGCACAAGAACAAACAGCCAAGGAUGGAGUGCAGCCAGCAGUGGCUCCCAGUAAUUUACCCACAGCCAGUGUUCCAGAAGUCCCAGCUGUGAGCAAGCCCACUCGUGCAGGGAAAAAGAGGAAACUCGAAGAGGUGACACCCCCAGAGGUUCCCCCCAUUCCUUCAGCUCCCGUCCCCUCCACAUCUUCUGCCCCAUCUGCUUCUGCUGCUCCCUCCACGUCUGAUGGUACCUCCAAUGUUGAACCCUCCGCACCCGACGGUCCUUCUGCUUCUACACCCUCUGUUCCUCCUACUGCUACCUCCGCUACUUCCCCUGUUCCUACUGCCCCCGCUGUCUCCGCUGCUCCUACUGCGCCUGUGGAAAUUGAAACCCGUCCUUCGCUGCGAAGCGCGACUAAACGCCGCCGAACUAGCAAAGGAUCCCCCACACCCGUUGAUCCAAACAUCGUCAUCCCUGAAGAAGCACCUACAACUGCAGCACCAGCUCCUACAGCUGUAGAAACCUCCGAGUCGCAGAAGCCUUCCUUACCGCCGUCUCCAAUUGGACCCAAGCGCGCCAUCGCACAACCCACGAUCACAGCCGCAAAAGCGGCUACGCCAACCCCCCCGGUUACCCGACCCCCAUCUCGCCGCUCGGCUGCUUUAUCAUUAGAACCAACCACCAAUGCCAGCGCCGUUGCGCCUUCUACCAAGCGCGAACUACGUCAGAAAAGCGCCACACCUGCUCGGAAGACUCCUGUGCCAGAAACUGCUCGAGCUGCCAGUGUGAGUGCUCCCAAUCGCAGGCGUAAGCGCCCCGCACCCGGUCCUGUGUCUUCAGGUCAAGAUGGUGGUGCAGCGGUUAGCUACGGUCGCCGCAAAGCGAAGCCCGGCAAGAAGCGGAUUGGGACGCGUGAGGUUGGCCUAAAAGAUGGUACUCUGGCACGCGAGGACAUUCGAAUCGACGAGGAUGGAGUCCUCGAAGAGAUCGACCCGAACGAACCACGGUAUUGUCUGUGUGGAGACGUGAGUUUCGGGACGAUGAUCUGCUGUGAAAAUCAAGAGUGUGACCGAGAAUGGUUUCAUCUUGACUGUGUCGGGCUGUCCGAGGUGCCAAGUCGUACGGCCAAAUGGUACUGUCCGGAUUGUCGGGUAAAGUUCAACAAGGGCGCAGAUGGAAUAGUGAAAAACAAUCCGCGGAGAUGA